AUGGCACAAAAUAAUGAGCUUCAAGACUCCGAGCUCAAGCAGAAAUCAACCCCCAGUCGUCGUUGGGCGAACUCACCCAAUUGGCGGGUGAAGCAAGCUGAAUCCCCUGGAUUAGAAAGCACUGCGGGCGGACCCGAGAAACAGCAACUGAAUUUCGAUCGCGGUCCGAUGCAAAGAGGGAACCACACCGCAAAUCGGAGUUGGAAUAAUGAGGGCAAAUCAAAGCUGUCCACAACAUCGGGCAAAUCGUCACCCCACACAAAUGAACUCCACUCGCCUACCAUGAAAUCGUUUUCCGAAGGAAGGAGACUUUAUGUAGGAAAUAUGCCAUACAUGGCGAAGAAGAAAGAUGUGGAAUCCCUUUUCACUGAAGGCGAGACGGUCUAUAACGUAGAGCGCAUCGAUAUAUCCAUUGAUCCAUUCACCGGGCGGAAUCCAUCGUACUGCUUCGUCGAGCUGGAGACAAAGCAACAGGCAGAUCUGGCGAUAAUGGAAUUAAAUGGGAAAGACAUGUUGGGUCGUCCAGUGAAAAUCAAACCUGGAAUCCCUAAAUCGUCCAAGGAGCCCUUUGGACGAAGAGACAUGGCCACGACUCCGGAAAAACAGCCACCAAGAUUUGUCUUUGAGCGAUGGGAGAGAUCAGAUGCUUCGAGUCACUGGUAUGAUUAUAGCUCCCAGGGCCGUCGUCUAUUCGUUGGAGGCCUUCCCAGGAUGCCAAACCAACCUACAGCAGACUAUGAAAUCCGGAAAUUGUUUUACGGUUUCAACAUUGAAGCCAUCAGCAAAGUUAUCUCCCCGCACCCGUCGAAGCGUUCACAACCUGGAAACCAUUACUACCUCUUUGUCGACCUGGCCUCGUCGGAGGAGGCUGACCGCGCCAUCGAAGCCCUAACCGGCGUCAGCGCUGUCUGGGGCAGUCGGGUACACAUCAACAAGGCCCGCGGUAACUCGCACAAACCCGCUGAGCGCGACCGAUGGGAAGGGAAAGGCAAGGCACAGAAUGGAAGCGAUGAUCAGAAUGAUGAUGAUGGCAGCAGUGGGAGAUCAGCUAUGGGUGCUGAAUCUGAUCCUCUGCCACGAUCACGUUGGGGACUGCCAGGCGGAUUUGGAGACGAAGCCGGUGCGUCUUCAACCCAGUCUGCUCGCGUGGAGUCGCCACCAUAG